AUGUCAUCAAUAUAUAUAUCAUAUUUAUACAAUCUAGAUGCUUCAUCUACUAAUUCCGAUCGACAAUUCUCAUCUCAAUACAAUAGUUCGACACGUUAUACAAAUCAUGGUUUUGAAACACCACCUUCAACACAUUUUACAAGUCCAACUAUUGAUAAUAUAUCAAUUCAUAAUCGUCAACAACAACAUUUUAUAACUACAACUAAUUUAAAUGUCAAUGAUAAAACACCUCAUCAUCAACAAAAUGAAUAUAAAACUUCAUCAACGUAUGUAUCACCAAUUCAUGGUAAUGAAUCAAUAACAUUUAAACCAACAUAUCAACAAACUGAUCGUUAUUCAACUGUUGGUAGUGAUUCAGGAAUUGUUAUGAUUAAUCCUAAUCCUCAACAACAGCAAGCAGCAGAUGAUAAUCAAAUAAUCGAAAAAAAAAUUAACAAAUUUAAAUUAAAAUUAAAGAAUUUAGAAAAUAUGAUUCAUCAACAAACAUAUAUUAUUCGACAACAAGAUGAAGUUAUUGAACGUCUGAAAAGUAAAAUACUUAAAAUUGAAACUGAACGUGAUCAUUUUCGUGAACGUUUAUCUAUACAUGAACAACGUGAACAAGAUGAUAAGAAAUAUUUAACAGAAGAACCAAAUGAUCAUAAAGCACUUGAACAAGAUGAUCAACAACAAACAUCGUAUGAUGUAUCGGGAGAGAGAAAAUAUUCAAAUUCUUCAUCAGUUAUUACAGAUAACAGCAGACGAUCUAGUAAAAAGACACCUGCUCCACGAGUUGAUCAACAAGCACCCAUCAUUAAUAAUGAACCUAAUUCAACUUUAGGAAAACUUAUUAAAAGUAUUCCAUGCAAUAGUCAAGAACGUCCUGUAUCUGGUAAUUCAUCUCCAUCAAUAGCUGCUAAAUUAGCUGCAGCUGUACCUUUAACAGAAAAACCAGCUGCAGCAAGUCGUCUUGAUAAUAUAAUUCAUCAAAAUAAUUCAUCAGGAACAUAUUAUAAUGUAGGUGAAACUCAUGAAACUGAUCCAAAACCAAAUUCAAUAGAACACAUUGUGACAAAUGUUCAUCGUAAUGAUGAAUAUUCAAAAUCAUAUCAAAUAUCUGAACCUAAAUUACAACGAUCAGCAUCGCUAUCAUCCUCGUCAUCAUCAACUGUGUCAAUGCCAAAUCACACUGAAAUUCAGUAUGGUUUACCAACAACAAAUCAUGUUGCAUUAACGAAUAGAAAUUCUAGUUUACAUCGAAGUUUAGAAGUUAUACCACGUAAAACAUCACAAAAUGAACAAGUAUUAAAACCAGCAAAUAAAACAGCAUCACUUGAAUUCGGUGCAAGACCGGUGCGAUAUGAUGAGUCAACAUCAAUCUAUGUUACACCACAAGAAGCAACUCAUCCAGCUUCGGAAUAUGAAAAUGUUGUUAAAGGUUGGCUUCGAAAACAAAAUCGAGAUUCAUUUUUCAAACGAAUUGAACGUUAUUAUUGUGUUUUAUCAAAGAAUACACUUUUAUUACAUAAACAUGAUCUUGAUAGAACACCACAUAAGGCAAUUAAUCUUAAAGGUGCAAAAAUCCUUUAUUAUGAAGAUCCAAAAUAUGGACCAUCUCUUGAAUUAACUUGGUCAAAUCGACAAAAUAGUGCUAAACAUUAUCACUUAUAUGCACGUGAUGCACAAGAAGCUCAACAAUGGGUAACUGGUAUUCAAACUGCUAUAAACAAUUCAGAUGAAAAAAAUAAAUGGCAACGAUACCAUCUAAUUACAUAA